AACUCUUUCAACCUGUGUAAUUAAUUCUUUUAUUCUCACAUGGAUUUUCCAUCGGCACUUGUUUCAGCUACAACAUCUAUGAUCCCCUCAAAUUUUCCUACUAUCCAACAGAAAGUCAAUCUAACAAACCAUGCAAUCACCUUGAAAGGAUCUCUCUUGGUAAAGAAGCAAAAUAGUUUUGAUGUUGUGAAUCCUUUGGGAGUAGUCACGGAUGCUGUGAGUGAGGCAAUUGGCCUCAAGGUCAUCCUUCAGCUUAUCAGCAGCACUUCAACUUCAAGUGAUGGAAAGCCUAAACUCAGCAAGCCCGCACGCAUCGAGAACUGGACCCUCUCGUCAAGCUUGCUUGCAAAGGAUGAAGUAAAGUAUACCAUAAACUUCGAAGUGGACGCUGAUUUUGGUACCCCUGGGGCAGUCGUGGUUCAAAACAACCACAGCUCUGAGAUCUAUUUCGUCUCCCUGUCCGUCAGAAUGCCCAGGGGAAGCAAAGUUCAGUUCCCCUGCAACUCGUGGGUGUACAGGAGCAGUGGCUUCGAUUUGGUCCCAAAGCCAAAUCGCAUCUUCUUCAGCAACCACCUGUACCUGCCACAGGACACACCGCCGUCUCUAGUACCCUACCGCGAAGCCGACCUCAAGCAGCUCCAGGGCAAUGGUACGGGCAUCCGGCAACACUCGGAAAGGAUUUACGACUAUGACAUUUACAAUGACUUGGGAGGCAUUGGGAGACCAAAGCUGGGGGGAUCCAAGGAAAUGCCAUACCCGCGAAGGUGUCGUACGGGUCGCAUUCAAGGCCUUCUGGGAGAGGAAACGUAUCCAGGCGGUCAGAACCCAUUUCCUAUACCGUUUUUCUACAUUCCCAGUGAUGAGUAUUACAGCUCGUCCAAGACCGCCAGCGUCCUUGUGAAGACCGUCAAGAGCUUCUCUCACACGUUUAUUCCCAUGCUAACAUCGUUUGGAGGGCUCUUGGACAAAUACUUUGAUUCGUUUCAGGACGUGGAGAGCCUGUACGACCGCGGGUUUGACCUGUCGAAGCUGGCCUUGGGAGCAAUCGAAGGGAUAGACUCGCCGUUGGACAUACUCAACGAUCUGUCGACUGAUCACACCAAUAAGAGCUUGCUCAAGUUUCCCAUUCCUGCAGUUCUAGAAACUGAUCGCCUGGCAUGGAGAUCUGAUCGGGAGUAUGCGAGGCAACUGCUGGCUGGAACACAUCCAAUCUUGAUACAAUGCCUAACGGAAUUCCCUCCAACCAGCGGCUUGGGUGAUGAGUAUGGCCCAAGGAAAUCAACUGUAACAGAGGAACACAUCUCUCGUUUCUUGGAGGGGACGACAGUGCAAGAGGCAGUCGCAAACAAAAAACUGUUUUUGGUGGACCUUCACGACAUCUUCAUGCCUUACAUUGAAAGGAUCAACAAGAUCCCAGACAUCUACAUGUAUGCAACCAGGACAUUCCUGUUCCUCAGGGGGGAUGGAACGCUCAAGCCCAUCGCCAUUGAGCUGAGCACUCCCAGUUCAAGGAGAGUCCUCGUCCCACCCCAAGAAGGAGAGACCGACUAUUUGUGGGAGCUCGCAAAAGCACACACAGCAGCAAACGAUUCAGGAGCUCACCAGCUUGUUGGCCACUGGCUCAAGUGCCAUGCAUGUAUGGAGCCGUUUAUCAUUGCGGCGCACAGGCAGCUGAGUGCCCUUCAUCCGAUCUUUGCCUUCCUGAAGCCACACAUGAAGUACACAUUGCAAAUCAAUGCACUUGGUAGGCAAGUACUUAUUAGUGCGUCAGGAAUUGCCGAGCAAGGUUUCACCCCGAAAAUGUAUUGCAUGGAGUUGACGUCUCAGGCCUACAAGUCGUGGAAGUUUGCCAUGGAAGGCCUCCCUGCAGACCUUAUAAAAAGAGGGAUGGCUGUUCCAGAUCCUGCUGCAAAACACGGCAUGAAGCUCGUCAUUGAGGAUUAUCCAUAUGCGGCAGAUGGUCUCGAGAUAUGGUCUGCGCUGACGAAAUGGACCCAGGAAUAUGUGGACGUACACUACAAAGACGAUGCCACAGUUCAGAACGAUGCCGAGCUCCAAGCUUGGUGGAGUGAGGUGGUGAACGUUGGGCAUGGCGAUCUGAAGGACGACCCGACAUGGUUCAAGAUGGACUCCAAACUGGGCCUGACGGUGGCACUGACAACUUUCAUAUGGAUCACGACUGCAAACCAUGCGGCUGUUAACUUCAGUCAAUAUGCAUAUGCUGGGUUCAUCCCAAAUCGUCCCACUGCAACUCACUUGCCAGUUCCAGAAAAAGGAUCCACGGAGCACCGAAAGCUUUUAAGAAAUCCGGAAGAGUACUAUUUCAAAGUGAUAUCAAACAAGAUGGAGUCGUUUGUAGUGAUGAGCGCCAUAGAGGUUUUAUCAGGCCAUGCCGACACCGAGGAAUACAUUGGGCAGCGACAUAUUGAUAUCUGGACCGACAACGAAGAGGCACUCGAGGCGUUUGACAGGUUUGCAGAAGAUAUCGACAAAGUUGGUGAGACCAUCUUGAGCAGGAACAAAGAUCCAUCCUUCAAGAACAGGCAUGGCCCUGUAAAGGUCCCAUAUAAAGCACUGUACCCAACGUCUUCUAAAGGCAUCACGGGACAGGGAGUGCCAAAUAGCAUUAGCAUAUGAAAGAAAAACCUAAAAACAAUGUAUAAAAAAUGUUUACUUAAAAAAUGCGAAAACACACUUUCAAGGGAAAA